UACAGUGCUAUGAGAGCACCAGAGCUUUUCUCUACUAUAUUUUUAACAGAGCAUGAAGACUUUUCUCUAUUAUGAUUUUAACAGAGCUUGUAGAGGGAGAGAGAUAACAGAGCUUAGAGAGAGAGAGAGAGAGAGAGAGAGCUUGUAAGCAAUGGCAGGAGAUGAUAUGGAAAAAGGAGGUUUAGAGCCAUUGAAAAUGCAGAAGUUGGGUUAUAGGAGCUGGGAAGAAUCAAAGAAGAUGUGGUCCAUAGCUGGGCCAGCAAUUCUAACAUCAGUGCUGCAGUUCUCAAUUGGGUUUGUGACAGCAGCCUUUGUUGGGCGCCUGGGACAUGUUCAGCUUGCUGCUGUCUCAGUUGUUCAGACUGUCGUUGAAAGCUUUGCAUAUGGGAUUCUGCUAGGAAUGGGAAGUGCACUAGAGACACUUUGCGGCCAAGCUGUUGGCGCUGGACAGAUGCAUAUGCUUGGAAUUUAUCUGCAAAGAUCAUGGAUCAUAACCGGAGUUACAGCAUUAGUUCUGACACCCAUUUAUGUAUUCACCUCACACAUUCUAAAGCUCUUUCGCCAGUCCAAUGAGAUAUCAGAAGUUGCAGGCAGGUACUGCAUAUGGGUGAUACCACAGUUGUUCGCAUAUGCACUGAAUUUCCCAAUGCAAAAGUUCUUCCAAUCUCAGAGUAGAGUCUGGGUCAUGGCCAUCAUCUCGGGGGCUGUCUUGGCCUUUCAUAUUCUGCUGAAUUGGGCUUUGGUAACCAAGCUGGGAUAUGGCCUGGGGGGAGCUGCCUUAGCUGGGAACAUUUCAUGGUGGUUAGUAAAUCUGGCUCAGCUAGUCUAUCUAGUAGCUGGGUAUUUUCCAGAUGCAUGGACUGGCUUCUCUUUAUCAGUAUUUCAGUCUCUCUCUGCGUUCAUUAAACUCUCGCUUGCAUCAGCCGCGAUGUUAUGCUUGGAGCUGUGGUAUUUUAGUGCAGUGAUCCUACUAGUGGGAGGCUUGAAAAACCAUACAGCAAUCGCUAUUGAUGCUGUUUCCAUAUGCAUGAACUUGGAAGUGUGGGCAUUGACGAUUGCACUAGGUUUCAACGUUGCUGUCAGUGUGCGGGUCUCGAAUGAACUAGGAGCAGGCCAUCCAAAAGCUGCAAAGUUUUCAGUAGCAGUGACUGCUGCUGCAUCAGCAUUGGUUGGAGUUCUUUUCAUGGCUGCAGUGCUCAUCGCCAAGAGUGACUUCCCAAAGCUUUUCACAGAAAAACCAGAGGUCAUAAGAGAAACAUCCAAACUCGGGCUUCUUCUGGCAGCUACGAUUCUUCUAAACAGCAUUCAGCCCGUUCUACAGGGUGUAGCAGUAGGUGCGGGUUGGCAAUUCUCAGUUGCCUUCGUAAAUAUAGGAUGCUACUACUUUAUCGGGUUGCCUCUUGGUGGCUUACUUGGGUUUAAGUUCAAGCUCGGUGUUGUGGGAAUCUGGUCUGGAAUGUUAGCGGGGACCCUGAUGCAAACAGUUGUUUUGUUGUGGAUCAUGUACCGAACUAACUGGGAGAAGGAGGCUUUGCAAGCUGAGGAGAGGAUCAAAACAUGGGGCGGACCAUCUGAGUCUCAAGAAGCCUCAUGAAAGUACGAGGACACAGAUGGAUUACAAGAAAACAGAGAGUCAGUGCAGGGGCAACCUGCCAUAGAAGUGUAAAAUAGAAGAAUGGAAGAAGAAAUUCUGAUUAGUUGAGGUACCUUGUGUAUUUGUUAAUACACAAGAAAGGCUAGGCCCUUCUGUGGAUGGUGAAUAUGGGCCUAACCUUUCUUUUAUCUCUCUAUAUUAAAGUCAAAUUAGGGUUUUAGAUUGAUUCUUUAUUUGUUUGAUUAGAAUUCCUGUUUAGGAAAUAGGUGGAAUUUUCACUUCUAUUACCAAUAAUAUUUGUCUUUUCAACACUUCAUUAAUAUAUGGGCUCCCUCCCUCCCUCCCUCCCUUGCUCUCGUGCUACAGUAACAAGUAUAUUGCUCUACAUAUUAUCAGAGCAGUCUUGACCGCGUUCCAUCUUUUCUUGAUUCCUUUUCUUGCAUUCCCCUCUCUCUUUUUAUUUCUCAUAAAUCU